ACGCCCUCACUCACUCUGUGCUCUAUAUAUAAAAAGCCAAACCCAAACCCACUUCUGCGUAUCUCCUCUCGCUGUACGGCUCUCAGUUGGGAGUUUCUCUCUGUUUCUCGAAGCUCAAGCUCCCAAACCCAAAACGAAAACCCUAACCCGAUUCACCGCAAACUAUUCUAGUAUUUCAUCAUGGCCUCAAAGCGAAUCAACAAGGAGUUGAAGGACCUUCAGAAAGACCCACCCGCAUCCUGCAGUGCUGGUCCUGUUGCUGAUGAUAUGUUCCACUGGCAAGCGACUAUUAUGGGUCCAGCAGACAGCCCAUUUGCUGGAGGUGUUUUUCUUGUAUCCAUUCACUUCCCACCUGAUUACCCUUUCAAGCCACCCAAGGUUGCCUUCCGGACAAAAGUCUACCAUCCGAACAUUAAUAGCAAUGGUAGUAUCUGCCUUGACAUCCUCAAAGAGCAGUGGAGCCCUGCCCUGACCAUUUCCAAGGUACUUCUCUCCAUAUGCUCGCUGCUGACAGAUCCAAACCCCGAUGAUCCUCUGGUGCCUGAAAUUGCUCACAUGUACAAGACUGAUAGAGUGAAGUAUGAGACUACUGCUCGAUCCUGGACUCAGAAGUAUGCCAUGGGCUAGGGGCUUUUCUUCUGCCUGAGGAGGAGAUCUAUUAUGCUUAAAUGUUAUUCUAAUAGUAAAUAAAAAUAGAUGUAAGAAGUGGAACUGGGUUUAAGGUACUUGUUCUUGUUUGGUCUGCUUAUUGUCUCUUUUGUUCUGGAGAUGGCCCUACACAGUUGGGCUUCUUUUAGCUGAGACAAUGCUAUUUCAAUAGGUCGGUAUAGUAAUUGAAAGUUUGGUGGAAAAUUUGUCUUUGCUA